AUGGCCAUCCAGACCAUCUUGGUGAUCAACAAGUCCGGUGGACUGGUUUACCAACGCGACUUCGUGGCCACGGCGCCGCGGCUGUCCAGCAACGAGUAUCUGAUCCUAGCAGGGACGUUACAGGGAAUCGUGGCGAUUGCGAGUCAAAUUACGCCCAAAUCGCUGCAAAUCGCGGGCAAGGGCAGCGCCAAGGGCGGUGUCGAACCCGCAGGCGGCGCUGCCGCGCCUCUGGUGCCCUAUGUGGGCACUUUGGGAGCGACAACGGCGAGCGGCACACCGAUGGGCAGUUUCCUGGGGCCGGACUACUUCAACGACGCGUUUGCGAGUUGCAAUGGACGGGGUUUAAAGCACGUCACGACAGACCAGAACUCGCUUUUCUUGUAUCAAACACUCACGGGAAUCAAGUUUGUUGCGGUGAGCACACAGCCCACGACGAACGCUAUGGCGGUGGCGGUGGCAGAAAACCUACUUCGCAAGGCGUACUGUCUGUAUGCGGACUAUGUGAUGAAAAAUCCAUUCUACGAGCCCGAGAUGCCCAUCAAAUGUGAGCUAUUUGACCAAAAACUGGGCGUUUUGGUAGGCCAGCUCUAG